AUGUUUCGCGGUCGUAGAAAAGGUCAUGGUUCUCAUCCUCAAUGUCAGAUUUGUGGUAAGAUUGGUCAUCUGGCUCUACGCUACUAUCAUCGGUUUGACCAAUCGUACUCUGAUGACUCUCGUCCUAUGUCUCUAGCUAUGAGUAGCACUUCUGUAAAUUUCACUGGUUUUUCAAAUGAAGCUGCUACUGUUAAUUCUCCUUCGGGUCAAGCUCACAAUGUUGUUGCUUCUUCAGCGGUUCUUACGAAUGGUGCCUGGUAUCCAGAUACUAGUGCCACUAAUCAUUUAACAAAUAAUGCGGUCACGCUUGCUCAAUCUACUCCUUACACUAGUUCAGGUAACAUUCAGAUGGCUAAUGGUGAGAAGUUAUUCAUUUCACAUAUUGGUAACACAUUUCUUUCCACUUCUGAUCGUGUAUUGGAUCUCGUCACUAAAGCUAUUUUGCUACAUGGGAAGGUGGACAAAGGUCUUUACAAGCUAAACUUCAAUUCUCACAACUCCAGCAACAAUAAUGGUGAUAAUUGUGCUAUUUUUCAACAAGAUAAACAAGCCUUCCAAACUACUACUACUACUUAUCCUAUAAAUCAUACUAUGGGUACUCGUGUUCAUCCUAAUGGUGUUUCUUCUAAUUCCUCUAAUGUAAAUGUUUCUUCUGAUUCUUCUACUGAAAAAGUCACAAACUUCCAUUUGGUUCCUCUACUAUGGUCUACAGGUUCCUCACUGGCUCCAUUGGGUCAAGGGUCUAUGGUUCCUUCUAACAUACGUCAAACAUCUGCUGAUAUGCCUUGGUCACCAGUUCGUGCUAUCGUCCCGGUUUCUACUUCUGUUUCUAGUAUACCAAAACCAGCUCCUACUAUACCCAAUUUUGGAGCUGGUAUAUUUAAGCCCAAAGCCUAUCAUGUUCAAAUUGAUACAUAUGACCCUCAAGAUAUUCAUGAGGCGAUGAAUGACAAAGAAUGGCGUACAGCUACAAAGAAAAAUGCAGAUGGGUCGGUAGCCCAUCGCAAAGUUCGGUUGGUGGCGAAAGGGUUUUCUCAAGUUGCUAGUUUUGAUUAUAAAGAAACAUUUGGCCUGGUCAUCAAGCAACCUAUAAUGCGUGCCUUGUUGUCUUUGGCAUUGACCAACAAUUGGCAACUCAGACAAAUUGGUAUUAAUAAUGCCUUCUUGAAUGGAGAUCUUGCUGAAGAAGAUUUGGAGCAGUUUGGUCGACUUUAUUUAGCAGUUUAUGUAAACGAUAUCAUUGUCACAGGUGAAAACUUGCAUGACGUUGAUUCCAUCAUCUCAGCUUUGCAUGAGCGAUUCUUGCUGAAGGAUUUGGGUAAACUCAAUUAUUUUUUAGGCAUAGAGUGCCACACUGUUACCAACUCCGAUACUACAUCGCUUUUAAUGGCCUAUGAUGGAGAUUCGUUUAUUGACAUCACUCUUUAUCAACAAACAGUAGGUACUCUUCAACACAUUUGCUUAACACGCCCUGAUGUUGCCUAUAGUGUUAAUAAGCAACUUAUUGCAUGGAGUUUCAAGAAACAAAGUGUUGUGUCACGAUCGUCUAUAGAAGCUGAAUUUCGAAGUGUUGCCAAUACAAUGUGUGAAAUAGCUUGGCUGAAAUCAUUGUUGACUGAGAUGGGGAUUCAACUGGUUGCUCAACCUCCGGUCAUUUGGUGUGAUAACACUUGUGUCGUUGCACACUCUAGCAAUCUGGUGCAACAUGCUUGUAUGAAGCAUGUGGAUUUAGACUUGUGUUUUCUCCGCGAAAAGGUGUCUGCUGGCGAAGUUGAUCUUUGUGUUGCUUCUACUGAUGAAAUCUCUGCAUGUCUAUCUAUUUUAGUAGAAGUAGAGAACAAGGAUCAUAAUAAGACUAUAAGUCAUGAUCAAGUGGCUUUUCUGAUGUUUGGUUACCCUUCUUCUCCCCUUUCCCUUUCCCCUUCCCCUUCCCUUUCCCCUUCCCCUUGGGAGCAAAAGUUCUUGAUCGGAGUUGUUCUUAUGGUUCCUUGCUAUUCUGUAGAAUCGUGGGAAUUUUUGUUGUUAGACUCCUGUGACUUCUUUUAUGACUCUUCAAUAGUCUGA